AUGGCAGCAAACACGCAGCACCCCGUGACCUUCGGCGCUACCGUCGCAGGCCUGGACGCGCCCCAGCAGACGCUCCGCUCUCCGCCCUCCGCCGACUCCACCAUGUCAGCCACGGCCGACGAGAAAGACACGGGCCUCGACUCGUCCAACCCCUUCUCCGCCUUCUACAAGCACCCAGACGCCCGCCGCUCCAUGGACGCCCCUCCCCAGAGCAAGACGCUCCUCGACGUCAACGUCUACGACCGCGACCUGGAGUCCGGCGUCCCUCUUUCCGCCGCCACGACGCAGCAGCCCAAGGUGUCGGUCGACGGACGCGUCAAGGAGUGCACAAUGUGGCCGUCACGCCAGGCCAUCAUGGAGAAGAAGAAGCUCAGCCAGCGCGCAAAAGGCUGCAGCUUCUUCCACAGUCUGAGCAACAAGCAGAGGCUUUGGGCUAAGAUCGUCAUUGCUUUAUUUCUUGUCGCUGCUGCCGCUGGCACUGGUGUGGGCAUCUCCAAGGCCGUGGGCGGUGGUGUCUGGAAAAAGCCUGGCGAGCACGGCCCAAUCCAGUAG